CCGAAGCGCAACCAGCAAGGAGAUCGAACUCCCACCUCUGCCCCAACCCACUGUCAUCAGCAAGACCGCACGUGGAAAGCAACCAAUGCAACAGCCUCCUCGCACACCGAACCAAGAUCAGUACAUUCCUGCACGCGCAAAGACAUCUCCACAUGGCGGCAUCGAGAAUCAGUCACCGUUAACAUCGUCUCCAAUCUCCUCUCCGCUAGCAGCGCUCAACGAGUUCGUCUACCGCCACCUGGAAAGCGACGACUUCCUCACGCUGGUCCAAGACAUGGAGGCGACUUGGGCGAGAGUUGUGAUGUGA